UUUCAACCUACCCCGUCAGAUUGAACCUUCAUCUGAUUUUUUUGGCCACCUCACCAGCAAUUAGGAAGGUGGGAGGCUCACCCUCAGCCUACUGACAAACCCUCAACUUCUUCCCUACUUGCAAGUCAGUGUGGCACUUAUUGAAUCACAAGUGUGAUGUGUUUGCAGGGUGAAGUUGCAGAAAGUCAGUAGGUUAGGUUUUACUCGCCAAGAUUUACUUCAUAUUUCAAAUUCUUUCACUGUGUCAUCAUAUUUACAAGCUCAGUAAGACGAGCUCAUGAAUCAAAUGCAAAGAUGGCUGUCGAGUACCACUCCUCUACAGUGACAAACAUGGAUUUCGAAAACAGUAAAGUUGGAUAUAGCCAACUUUUUGGAGAUGGCAGCAAGCUCCGGUAUUCAGUUUAUGCAUUGAGAAACAGCCCUUUCAGGGCUGCAACAGUUGUUCUUGGACUGCUGUGUGCUCUCCUGUUGGCUGGGGUCAUAGGUCAGAGUGUCCACUACCAAAAAGUAGAGCAAGACCAUCAGAACAACCUAAAAGCUGCGAGUAACGAGAGAGAGAAACUACGGGAGAACCUGAAGACCGUGCAAAAUGAUAAAAACGUGCUUGUGACCAGCCGUAAACAGUUAGAGCAAAAUAAUGAUUACUUAUCUAGAAGGAGAGACCAAAUACAGACCAAUAACAAUUUACUGAUGGAAGAAAAAAACAAACUUCAACUUAGCCAAAGCCAGUUACAGGCCAGUAACGCUGCUUUCAGCAAAGAAAUAGAACAGCUAAAAGCCAGUAAAGCCCAGUUACAGACAAAUAAUAAUGCUUUGUCUACAACCAAAGACUUGUUGCAAAAAGAAUAUGAUUCAGUGUUCAAACGCAGAAAUGAGGUACAGGCCAGUUAUGACUCAAUCACCAAAGACAGGGACAAUUUACAGAACAAAUUCAAUAAUUUAACCAGAUCAAAAGAGCAUCUGCAGUUGAGUUACAAUGAAUUGAUUAAGAAGGUAGAGCAUUUGCAGGACAAAUACAACUUCUCUAGCAGUCAGAAAGAGAAGGUAGAAAGCAGUCACCACAACCUGACAAUAUCAAAAGAGACUCUACAGGCAACUUACAACCUACUGGUAAAAGCGACAGAUGAGCUGCGGGAUUCUUACACGUCCUUGGUUCAGGAAAAAGAAGAGCUUGAAAGCAGUUGCAAAAUUGCAACUGUGGAGAGAGACCAGUUGAAGAUGAAAAAUGACAACCUGACAACUGAGCGGGACACGCUACAGGUGGAGGUGGAGAAACUGAAGAAAAUAGCCCCAGCUAGGAAGUGCCCCACUGGAUGGACAAAGUUUCAGCACAGCUGCUACUUCACCUCUGCUGGCAACCAAACCUGGAGUGGGGGCAGAGUCUACUGUCAAAGCAAAGGCGCAGACCUAGCAAUCAUAAAAAGUCAAGAGGAAAUGCUCUUCAUCAAUGGCUUGUAUUCACAUGAAAAAGAAGUCUGGAUUGGGUUGACGGAUGAAGGAAUAGAAGGGCAGUGGAAAUGGGUAGAUGGGACACCACUGACCACAACGUUCUGGGGUAAAGACCAGCCCAACAGCUUUAACGGGAGGAACCAGGACUGUGUGGAGUUCUGGCACCGUAAGACAGGAAAGGGCGACUGGAAUGAUGAGAACUGUAACCUAGAACAACAGUUCAUCUGUGAGAUGUAGUUAACAUGUACAGAGAGGUAUCAAGGUCUGGCUAGCCAUGCCGGCGACUGUCUGAUGAUCAUUAUAAAGUUAAAUUUAGCAGAUGGCCUAUUUUGUGCUGGUGCAAACUGUCUUUUUAAUGAGGAACCGGCUUGGUUCAAAGGGGGAUGAGAUUUUCAUAGAUAUAUUUACUUGCUAUAGAAACAAUAAUGGGGGACAACUCAUUUAUGGAGUUUGAGCUUGCUUUAAAAUGCUAAAAGACAACAGCUAAAAGAGAGGCAAACAUGGUACGUGUGAGAUAUUCCUUAAUUUACUAAUUUUGGCUUUUUUUGCAUUCAGUUGUGACUUCUUGUGUGACCAGUCUAGGGAGUAUGAAGUUCACACAUUAUCCACGACCAUUCAAUCUGUAUUUUCUGUAAAUUGUGACAUGAAAAAAAGCUGCUUGCAUUGCAAUUAAAAUGCUUUUUGCUUAUUAUAUAUUCUUAUAAACGCAUUUCAAUUAAUAACACAAAUUUUUUAUGAUUUUUGAAUAAAUAUUUCACCUUG